AUGGUUUCUACUAUAGAUAUGGAUCAAUACACAAUUAUCGCUAUUCUCACUCAGACUUACACAAUCGGAUCGACAUUAUCAAGCAGUACUGUGAGUCAAAGAACAACAUCUAUGCAUCCCAAUUCUCUAACUAGCCUGUUAACAAGUUUCACAACCUCAACAAUUAGUUCUUCAAUCUCAACAGAAACUUCUACUUCAACCUUGUCUCAUGCGACAUUUUCCAAUAUGCCAACAGUGCCUGCACUUCUAGGAGGAUCAAGUUCUACAAAUAACUCUUCCAAUGUAGCACUUGCAAUUGGAAUUCCAAUUGGAGUCUUAUCACUCUUUGCAGCUGUACUCUUUGGAUGGUAUUAUUUAAAGAGAAGGGUGUUUGCAAAGAGAAGGGCGGAUCUGGAACCAUUUAAAAGUAUUAGUAUUCCAAGGAACAUUAAUACUCAGGAUCAUGUCAACUCCAUUAAUCUGGAAAAAACUUACCUCAACAAUGAUGAUAACGCAAUGAAAUAUGAUCAGACUGAUAUCAAAUAUAAUGAAGGUCCUCAAAAGCCAAUCAAUAUAAAAAGCAAUUUAUUUCAAUCCAAAUUGAUUAGUAAACAAGGGGUUGCUGCUGACUUCAAGCAAACUACGCCUAUAAUACCCAAGAGAUUUUCAGGAAUGAUAUCACCAAUGUUUUUAAAAAAAUUUAACCUUUCCCAAUCAACAGGUGCAAAAAGUCCAUCAAAUUUAUACAAACAAGAUAAUGGUGAUUCGGUAGAAAGUAUAAAGGUAGACCUGAAUGGGAAACAGGAAAUAUCAUCGAAGAGCGCAGUUCUGAUACUUCCCCCGGUGGUAAAUAUUCCAAAUACCCCUUCAAGUUUACGAAAUAUGGAAAAUUCUGUUGAUAAUGUUUCAGAUCGAGAUGAAUCCUUUCAGAAAAGAGCUGUAUAUACUGUUACUAGAGCUUAUGAAAAAGUUCUAAAUGAUGAAAUAUCUGUUUCUCCAGGUGAAAAGGUAAUAGUUUCAAGAAACCAUUCAGAUGGAUGGUGCUUGGUUAUAAAGAAAGACAGCAAUGAAGUAGGAAUGGUUCCUAAGAUGUGCUUGAAAUAUAAACCCUCUAGUAGGAACUAA